AUGCUCGCUGAACCUCGCCUCGAUAAGCUUGACGCCGCUGGCGAGGGAACCGUUCCUCCGGACUUGAUCCACAGCUCCGUGGACGAACAGGGCGACUCAUACCCACAGCCCCAAGAUCGUCAAGAUGAUCUGCGUCCUGUACGAUACGCAAGGCAGGAUAUGCUCCGCGAAGGCCCUGGCAUAUGCUUCAUUGAUCAUCUCCUUGGUAAACGAGAUAGGUAUCCUGUCGUCAGAUAUAAGAUUGGCGAUCUAGAACACUGA